AUGUGGGUGCCUACAACGAAAACUUUUAAUAAUGCUCCAAUGUUUUUUCAAUUCCGCCGAAAAGGUGAUUUUUGUAUUUUUAGUUUUACCAAUAUGAAACAAUUAUACUCAAAAGAAAUACAUGAAGCUUCAUUAUCUACAAUAUAUUCGCGGACCAAUAAAAUUGAAGUUGAUGUUAAAAACGUUGUUGGAUUUUUUGAAAAUAUUGUAGAGACGUACAACGUAAAUUAUAAUUUUUAUCCAGACAAAUUGAAUAUUAAGGCAGAUCUGACAAUAACUUUAUCAGAAGAGUUUCCACCAUUUAAAUUGGAACUGGAAUUGGAAUUAAAGGAUGAAAAUAUUUUUUAUUCCACAUUGACUUCCCCGUUAUUGAAAAUAAUAAAACAAUUAAAACAAAACCAAGAAGAUUUAUUUAAUAUUAUCGAAAAAAAGGAUUUGGAAAUAUCUGAAUAUAAAUUAAUAGGAGGCAAUAUUACACAUGAAAAUAUUAAGACAGAUAUUUUUGAGAAAGAUAAUUUCUUUAUGAAUACACUUCUAAAUCAUAAAGAUUUAUGUAAUGAAAGCCUACAUUUAUAUGAAAUAUAUUCAUCACCUUUAAUUGAACAGCACGAUACCAGAUAUUCUGAUGAACACAAAGCAUCGAAGAGCAUAUGCAUUAAGGAGGAAAAUCAAGAAAUUCAAACAAUUAAUUCAAAUAAUAGUAUUGACCAUAAAGCCUCAAAAAGUUCAACUACAGUAGAAAUUACACAAAAAUCAAUUAAUGUUAAAAAGCGGAAAAAAACCCCUUUCCUAAAAAAUCUUUAA